GCUUCUCGUGCGCCGUCCGCUGCUUCGACUUCCCAUGGAAAAAGGGCGGUUCUUACACACAGCCGUAACACAGCGUCAGACGGACAUGGCUAGUGUCGUACAAUACAUACAGUACACACACCCUUCCUUCUUGGGUCUCCUUGCCCUCCCUCCCUCCCUCCCCCCGCCUCUAUCUACGCUGCGCCUCCUAAACUUAAAAGUAGCGAUUAUCACCACCCCUGUGAACUUUCCGGCUCUCGCUAAGCUAUUGACGUGUCCAGAGGGGGGAUAACCGCGCACACGCACCGGACCCUUUUCUCCGACGGGAAUUCCCGUGUCUGGCCCCACGCACCCCCACCUCCCAAGAACCAUUCCCUCCGUCGCGGCUUCUGUCUCGCCAGCAUCAGCAUGCCCGUCCGCACGCACCGACACCAGCUUUCGGACCCGUUCGCGCAGGUGCUGCAGCCGCCCGAGAACGAGACGCCUGCGGAGCGGCAGGCCCGUGUCGAGCGUGAGCAGGAGGAGAAGCGCGUGAGCGAUCAGAUCGACGAGGAGCUGCGCAAGGAGCGCGGCGAGCUCAAGAAACGCGCGAAGAAGGAGGCCCGUGUGCUUCUGCUGGGCCAGAGCGAGAGCGGGAAGAGCACCGUGCUCAAAAACUUCAGGCUGGCCUACGCCCCAGCCCAGUUCAAGGCGGAGCUGCUCGCAUGGCGCGCGGUCGUGCAGCUCAAUCUCAUGCAGAACGUCAUCACCAUCCUCGACAUACUCGAAGACCGCCUCGCCGCCGAUCCAUCGAUGCCCCUUGCCGGUACGGGCUCCGGUGCGCAUCCUCAUCCCCAUCCGCCACUACCACCACCAUCACGGCCCACGCAGUCGACGGCACGCGCGUCGAUCGACUCAACGGCACCCGAGCGCCUGGAAUCCGCCGCCGCGGCCGUCACGCUGACGCAGAAACACCGCAUCCUCACGCUGCGCCUCUCGCCGCUGCGCAAGGUCGAGGAGGACGUGCGCCGGCGACUCGGCGCGGACGACCCCGAGUGGGCGUUCGACACAUCGGGCGGUGCGCUGCCAGGGGCGCUCCCCACCGCCUUCGACACGCGGAAGCGCGAGUUCGGCGUGCGCGGUUGGAUCGGUGCCCUGGGCCUGGGACUCGGCUCCGGGGGCGGGAGCGGCAGCGGGAAGAAGGGCGCCGCGGCGGAGGGCGAGGGGACCGUCGACGAGACGACGGGUGUGCUGGCGUCGCUGCGCGAUGACAUCGUGGAGCUGUGGGCGGAUGCGGAUAUCCAGCAACUGUUGCGGGCGCGGAAGAUCAGCAUGGAAGACCACCCCGGAUUCUUCCUGGCGGAUACGGCGAGGAUUGCCGUGCGCGAUUACGUUCCGUCGAAUAACGAUGUCGUGCGAGCGAGGCUAAGGACGCUCGGGGUGCAAGAGUGGAGGAUAACGCUUGAGACUACGAGCGAUUCUUUUGGCGCGGAAUGGGUCAUUUACGAUGUCGGCGGGUCUAGAUCCAUGCGACAUGCGUGGCUGCCUUACUUUGACUUUAUGAACGCCAUCAUCUUCCUCGCUCCAAUAUCGUGCUUCGACGAACGACUUGCCGAAGAUCCUUCGGUGAACAGACUGGAAGAUUCUCUCCUCCUCUGGCAUGCCAUCAUCUCCUCGAAGCUGCUUGGCGAGACAACCUUGAUUGUAUUCCUGAACAAGUGUGAUUUGCUGAAGAGGAAACUCCAGAACGGCGUGCGCGUGAACAAAUAUAUGAUCAGCUUCGGUUCGCGGGAGAACGAAGUCGGCGCAGUCGUGAAAUAUCUGAAGGACAAAUUCAAAGACAUGGCCCGGAGCCAAUCUGCUGUAUCCCGCCCGAUUUAUCUUCAUGCUACAUCCGUGACGGAUACGAAAGCGACGGCUGUGACAUUGAGCGUUGUCCGCGACGGGAUUGUCCGAGACCACUUGAAGAACGCGGAGCUUGUUUAGACUGCCGGUUUAGUUGAACAUUUACUCACAUGAUAGGGUUCGUUUUUGUUUCUAUGUUUGGAUUAUCUAGGACACGGCGUGGGUAUGCAGUAAAUAUAUACACAUAUAUAUACAUAUACUCGACUCAGUAUAUGCACGCAUUGAUGACCGCUUUGGCCUCAUCCCGAACGAGCAUCUGCACAGGGACUUUGCCCGCCCUCUUCAGCUCCCGCGUCAUCUCCGGACUGAGCCGAGGCACCGUCCCCUGCUCCGGCUGACUGUCCGGUCUGCCCAGCGCGAUGUCCGCGUCGAAGAUGCACACGCUCUCGAGCGCCCGCGCACGGACCAGCUCGAACAGCGCCUCGCGCGCGAGAUGGCCGUGCCGGAAGCCGUACGCGAGCGACCGGAGCAGCGGGCAGUAUGCGUCCUGCAGUCGUUGCAGCGACGCGAAAAGCUUCGCUGCGCCGUGGUGCGUGCGCGUAUCCGUGUCCAGCAGCACGAGAGCGGUCGUGCUCGACAAACGGCCGAAAACGGGCAACAGCUCGGACGGGUGUUGCGAGAGACUGAACAGCGCGAGGUGAGUCAGCUUGUCCAGUGGGUUGCGGUCGAGGAAGCGGGUGAUGCACUCGCGUGAUACGCUUGGAUUUUCGAUAGUCAGUCUUUCAAGCACCGGCGCGUGGAGGUAGUCGAGCAGGAUGGGAUUGCUUAUGUACAGGCGCCGGAGCCGGUGAAGUUCAAUCGCAGGGCUCGGUGGCGGUGCAUUGUGGAACACGUUGCUCGGCUGCACGUCGUCCCAGAAGGCGAGUGUGGCGUCUUCCAAGCCCGGACAUCCGAGGAGCACGUCGAAGUGCUCGUCAUACGAUAAACACUUGGCGCGGUACCGCGUGAGGCCCGUCCACGACAUCCUUAGCCCCGCGGACAGCACGAGCGGGAACGCCGGCGGUGCGAGCGCCACCGCGCGGAGGCAGGGCGCGGAUGUCAGGUAGUCUGGCACCGGGAGCGUGUAGCUGCGGCCCAAAAUCCGCAGCGCGACCAGCGCGUCAAGCUUGCCCGCCACGCCCCGCAUCCACGUCAGCGAAGUAUCUCCCGAAUGGCUGAAAUCGAGCGUCAGGGUCCGCCAGUGGCGGCAGGCGUCGACGAGCUGCGGGACGACGGGGAGAAACCCGCGCGUGCUAUUGGACAGGUACACGUCCAGCUGCGGCGGAUUCGCGCUCUUCACGGUAUGCUCGAGCUGCCACUCGAGCCGCUUCAGGUCCUUGUGGUGCCAUGAAGGCGGCAGCACCAGCGCAGACCACAAACUCGGUGUACCACGCGCGAUGCCGCGCCAUUUUCGACACACGCGCACCAGAACAAAGCAGGGCCGGACCCGGAGACUCGUCUCAACAUCGUCGUCGAUGCUGACAACGGGAGACGCCAUCUCGAAUAUCAGCGCCAGGAUCUCGACCGGGAUGAGACGGACUGGGGAUAGCACGGCCGUGUACCGCCGGAUGCGCUUCUCGAGUCUUGUUCGCCGGUCGUUGAGAUCCCGUCUAAUCUGCUGGUUCCGUUCGCGCUUGGAUGCAAGCAGGACAUCUUCUAGCACGGCAUCGAGCUCGUCAAUUGCGUCUAGGAUCGAUUCCACGUCUGCUGGGCCGGGCGCGUCGUUCGAAACCAGCAGGUGCGCGAACGGGGCCUCGAUUCUAGCGUGGUCGCUUAUGGGAGCAUCGGUGGCUACUAAGGCACUGGACUUCGGAGUCGGCACUAGGAACCGCUGAGGGAUAUUGUAUGCGGGCUUGGGCUUCGAUUUGGACUUGGCCAUAGAGGACCGGGGAACAAGCGCGGUUGUGGUGCGGAGGAAGGCGCAACACGUGUCCAUUGGUGGGACACGAGCAUCCAUCCAUCAGUACAUCAGUAGAUCCAUCAAGAUGGUGAAGAAGAAGUCAACAUGGACCGAUAAACAGUGAUUUAUUCGCGUCUAACAAUUUAUUCCGGAGCGUAUCUAUAACCGACUCCCAAAAUUUCCAGCCUACUCGCAGAAGCUGACGUACCGCCAAGUUGACGUUCGCAGCCGAGCAGCCGACCUGAACGAAGGUGUCGCUGGGUUGGUGGAACGCGGUGCCACAGCUGGGCCCGGUGCAGUCAGCUCCCGCACCGUCACAGCCGCCCCAGUAUCCGAAACCAGUGGUGACGGAGAACGCGUGGGGCGGGAUGAGGGUCAGAUCCGUGCUGGAAAAGCCCCCCGCGAGCGUCGUCUCGACCAUCAAGCAGUUUUCACCGUUGAAGCCACAGCCACCUGCGUAGAUGUAUCAGCUGGGUUCCGUGCAUCGAAGAGCCGGGGCCAGGGACAUACCGGUCUGGAGGUAAGCGAUGGCACCGUUGAUAGGGCCGCCGUGAGUCCAGGAGCCGCCGGUGGAGACGAUUCCACCGUUGAGGAUGAGGGUCGGGGUUCCGAAGCCACAGCUGUAAUCGGGUCAGCUACUGCUCGAACGAAUCGACUGGCAUGCAGAGCACGCACUUGUUGACCAAGUUGAUCGUGUGCUGCUCCGCGCUAACGGUGGUGACGGCCGCAGCCAUGAUAGCAAGGGAAGCAAGGAAACCGAACAUCGUGCAGAUAGAACAGG